AAUUCAUGUGCUCAGGUUCACUCUUAUAAGACUUCCGCUGUCUUACUAGUCUACCAUUCCAGCAAAGAUCCUUGGUUAAGUACUUGUGGUUGCAGAUUCUAUAAUUAGUCUCCUACACCACCUGGCAAAUUAUUACAUGGUAUGAGAGCUGUCUGGAAUUAAGACUACAGUAAAAAAUGAGUGGAACAACGCCAGCACAAUCUACUGGAUCAAGUUCUGGAACUACUGGAGUACCUGUCUCCACGAGCGCCACAGGUCUCUCAGCCUCUGGACCGCUUCCACCGGCUUAUGCGCAUAUCGGUAUGCAGCAGCAGCAACAGAAUCCGCCUUCUGUCAGCACUCCAGGGACUUCAUCGACUACACCUGCAGCACAACACCAACAAACACAGACAACAGCACAACAACAGACAACAGCACAACCACCGUUUUCAACUGAGUCAAUAUCGUCAGCGUUUAGUGGAAUGAACCUUGACAGCUCCAAGUUCUGGCUCAUUUGCCUUCUCACCUUUUGCGCAGCAGCCACAGUCGCAGCAGCAGCAGCCCUUUUACAUCUUCGGGCGUUCACCUGCUCAGCAACAACAACAGCAACAGUCACAGCAAAAUCAGCAACAACAGCAACAUCAGCAGCAACAGCCACAGCAAUUUCAGCAACAGCAACAGCCUCAAAAACCGGGUAUUAUCUUUCGACCGCCAAAUUUGCUUAACAAUACACAGAUCAAGACCACCAUACCUUUUAACGGAGUGGAUUUUUACUCAUGGAGUUUCGAGUUUGAGCUUCUGUCGCAGUCCGCUGGGCUAUGGCCGUUCUUCACCGGCGAGUUUACGUAUCCUGUUAUGGGAACACAAUUGGAGCAGCAGAGUUUUUUGCACGCCUCUCUCGGGGCGUAUACGGUUCUUGUUCGGAACUUAUCGCCAAAGGAGCAGCUUGGCAUUCGAUCUUUUCAUGCAAGUUCUACUCCAGCUGAAACUGCAUCGAACCACUUGAAGGGGGUGUACAUGGCAAAAGGUACAAUAACAGUGAGUAAGAUUCUUUCGCAGCUGACAAGUGUGCAAAUGAUGACAAACGAGAACGUCAUGGAUAACGUCAAUCGAGUUCGCACACUACGAGAUCAACUGGAGAAGAGUGGUGGAUACUUCCCUCGUGAAAUGUAUCACACGGUCCUUCUUGCUUGCCUUGGACCCGAAUGGCGACAUACGCGCGCCUUCUUGCGCAUGAACCCGAACCUAUCCGAAGCUGAAAUUUCCUCGUAUCUUCAAGCAGAACAGCAAGAUCUUGACCUGCAGUCUCAACGCAACAAAAGGGGGAAUAUGCAACUCAGUUUCUAUUCAACACCAACUCGGCGUCCUCGAUUCUUCUAUCAUACU